GAUGCGUCUGCGCGGUGCGGGGAGUGAAGAGCUCCCGCUGGAGACCUGGACGAGUUGGCUCCAGGACAGUGUGGAGAUUACGCAGCUGCCGCCGCUCGCGAUCGCUAACGAAAACGGAACUCUGAAGUGAGCUGUCGUUGCCCCGACUAAACAAUGCCGGUAGACCUCUGGAGGGGAGUGGAGUUGUUAGAUCCGCAAUGUGUCCCUCAGGAUAUAAUGUGUUAGGGAGAUAACAUUGCUUGAGUAUUUAAUUACGGCAAACUUACUUUUUACCGUACGGAUGCCCUGAGUGUAGAGGACGGCGUGACUGUGAGGUGAAGGAGCGGUAGGAUGCUGCCGCUGCCACCAGGACACAAGCAUCACAUUGACAGUGGAUAAGCCCGCCCACCAGUGACCUGCCACACCCUCGCAGCUCGCUCGAGUCUUCAGUAACAACAAUAAUAAUGACCACACACGCUCUGGGCGCUAACGACACCCUCUCAGAGAGCUCCACUCAAGAUGUUAGCGUACUGGUGACGGCGGCGCUCCUGGCGGUGUUGGUGGUUGUGUUUAUUUUCGGAACUGUCGCCAACUCCUUAGUCUUCCUGGUGUUCUACCGCAGACCUUCCCUCAGGUCUCUCUCCAACAGGUUCGUGUUGUCCCUGACCUCUGCCAACCUGGUGUCGACGGUGGUGGUGGUGCCGGUCCACGCUCUCCGCCUGUGGGGCCUCACGCCGCUGCUGACGCCUUCCACGGCAACAGGUGCUGACGGGGAUCAUGAUGUCGGCCGCGGUGGCGAGGAGUUCUGGUGGUGUCAGGUGUCCAAGGCGCUCAUGGCCCUGGCGGUGGAGGCGGCCAUAUUCUCCGUCUUGCUAAUUGCCGUCGAUAGGUACUGCGCCGUCACCUCUCCGCUGCACUACUCCAUGACCAUCACGCGAGGCCGCAGCGUCAGGCUCAUCGUGGGGGUGUGGACGCUGGCCUUACUGUACGCCCUCCCGCAGCUACUGGCACACACCUACGCCCACCUCCGCCCGGCCUCGCGCCUCUCCGCCUGUCCUUCCGGUCAGGACGUGGUGUCUGCAGUCCCUAUCAAGUUUGGAUUGUAUUACGCUGUGCUGCUUUCGCUCUGUGGCUUUCUGGUGCCGCUUUUCGUGUUGUGUUGGAUAUAUGUUCACAUGUACAGGGCAGCACAGCGCAACUCAGCUCGGACGCGGCGCCACAGCCUCGGCCACAACCCCGCGGAGAUCAUCAUCCCAGAUUGUCCCUCCGUGGCGGAGUCCGGCAGUACCAACAAUUCGGUACGGUGCAAGACUCGGGUACAUAGGCGACGCUCCUCCAACACCAGCUUCUCUUCGCUCUUCUUUCGCGAAGAAGGCAGAGCAGUCAAGACAGCCGUCAUUGUUAUCGCCUCCUUCGUGACGUCUUGGAUGCCAUAUUUUAUUUACAAAAUCUGUGAAGCUGGUGGAUGGACAAAAGAUAUUCCUUACCUGAACGAGCUGGUAAUUUGCGUUGCCUUGUCCUCCUCCUGUACUAGUCCUUUUAUUUAUGUAUACCGGAAUGAAACGGCAAGUAAAGAGGUGUUGAAGAUAAUUUGUUGGUGGCGCCCGCCUAGUCCAGCCACACCAUCCUUCUCUCGCUCUUCCCUCAAUCCUAAAAUGGGGAAUGGCCACGCCCCGACACCAGUCCGCAUCAUUGAGCCAGACACGGCUUCCCUUUACAGCUAUGCCACGGAGUGUGGCGCCUGUGGCCACAACCAACUUGUGUGCUCCCUUCGGAACGGCAGGCCUGUCACCUCCCCACUCCCAUCAGACCAGCGGCGCGCCUCCAACCCCAGGCGGGAGAGCACAGUGUCCUUCAAGCUGACGCCCAUGGAUCGCCCAUCUUCUCGGUGCCGCCAGUGUCUUCGUCAGGACUCUGCCUCAUCAGCGUCUUCUGAUGACCCUCUGCUGAGCGAGUGUUUCCGCCACCACCGCGCCUCCAACCCUUCCGUGAGAUGGACGAGACCAAGAAUGUCUAACGGUUCUGUCACCACAAGAAGUGAUUCGCUGGUGUCCACGAACUCCUCCGUGUUGAGUGGCGGCAUCCAGCGCUGGCCAAUGAGGCGCUACUCUACUGUGUCCACGGACAGCGGCGGAACCAUCACUAGGCGCAGCGCUCACGAGGAUGGCGAGGAAGACAUGCCCAUGGGGCGCCUUAGUGUGCCAGGCGGCGGACAGCGCUCGCUUUUCCUGGAGAGUGAGGAAGACGGCUACGAAACCAGCAGCGGCCAGCCAUCCAUGCAUGGCUAUGCCAACCCGUUCAGACACCCUCAUAUUAGUCAGAGGCAGGAGUCGGGCAGCUCAUCAGUAAGAUUUAUAUGGGAAAUAGAGGAAGGCGACGGCCAAGAUGAUGAAACCACGGAGCCUGAGCAGAGGGACUUGCCGGUGAGGUGACCUCUGGCAAGGUCUCCAUCGCUCAUGAACUUGGCCAGCCACUGUCGAGACGAUCCGGAUGACUCUCCCAGCAAGAACGCCUCUUGGAGGCUCUCGGUGUGAACAUGUCCCUCACUGUACUCAGGCAGCGACAGGGGCCUGUAGUCCUAUAUUCUAGUGGAUCAUUUACAUAAUGCAUUUAUCGUUGUAGUCAUCUGCAGACUUGUAUCUACAUAUAUACACAUAUGUAUACCCAUAUAUGUAUGCAAUAAGCUUUUUCAACUCGCUAUGAAACAUGAGAAUUUUUCAGUGAAAUCACUUUUCAAAGUCACUCUCCCGCCGAAGACAAGCAAGAGGCAGCCCUGGAAAGCUGACCUUCUUCAUUGGGAAUAUUCGCAUACCUAAUAACUGGUUAGACAAGCGCGUCAGUGGUGUUGACAACAUAUCACACGGCCACGCCUUUAGUAGCCGUUCCAGUUACUGUGACACCACCACCACCACCGUAGUCAAGUUUAUUCAGUCACCUCAUGAUGCUUUCAUUAUCGCGCUACACGACCACCGGCAUCCCUUAACGCUUUAGCUAGUGGGUGUUGUCAGAUCAAGCCUGUCACCCUAUUACGGCACACACCAGAGUGCCGUGGCGACGACGCAGGGUGGUGUCGGCGGUCAGUCAUGAGGAAGGAUCUGUGAUAAGGGCUUGACCCGACCUUGAGCUGUGCUGGGCUGGCCGCCUCCAACCUCUCCUCAAGGGGAGACGUGGGGAUGUUGGAGCGCCGCCACUAUAGCGAGGUGGUGCCGGUGAUGGCGGUCACCGCCAACACUAUUGUACCUCUUGAUGUACCCUUCUUCCAUUUCAUCCCCACCUUCCCUCAUGCCUCUACCUUCCCUAACCCCAAUCUACAUUGUUCACGAGCUGAUCCUUUCUCUCUCAAUCUCCUUUCACGGCUUCCAACGCACAAAGUCUGUCAAUCUACCUUCAGUUCAGCUCGGAGCAAAGGACUUUCCCGUGUCCCCUAGUAGUGUAUCCCUAGGACUUCGCUGCCACGGCGAGGAUGGAUGUUAUUAAAAGGCAUAUUGUCUUCAAAAGAAGUAAUACACUUCCUGUAGGCAUAUGUAUGUCAUUAUUAUGUUGUUAUGUAUAACAGCCUGUUUAUUUGGCUGAAUUGACCAGACAUUUCAGGAACACUACAAGUGAUCGCCACUGUGUUGUGGUAAAGAUGCCAAAGUAUUAUCUAGGAAGAACACUUUCAACCUGAACACUUACGUCGGUGCCAGUAGUAUCCGUGGUGCUAGUGGUGCCAAUAGUGUCGGAAGUACCUAUGGCACCAGUGUUCCUUGAGGUGCCAGUGGUAUCAGAGGUGCCAGUGGUAUCAGAGGUGCUAAUGGUGCCAGAGGUGCUAGCAGUGCCAGGGGUGCCAGUGUCGCGUCUGUGCGGCACUGGGAGAGUGUUGUAUGGAGGGUUCUCCCCUCACACGUUGCUGCUGAUUAAUAAACAGUAUUUUCCGUU